AUGGAGGUGGAGAAUACAUCUUCAAAAGCAAACAAUAAACACUUACCACCUUGCUCUCCUAUGACUCCAAGGACAAAACGACAAGUCAUAAUAUUGACGAUGAAGGUAUUCAAGAAGCAUCAACAAAGUCUAUGGGAACAUCUAAAAAGGGUAAAGUAA